AAGCCAAUCGACGUCGAAUAGCACCGGGUCGACUUUUCAGCCAAGCGAUUCUCCGGAGCUGUGUUAACUUCGGUCUCCCAAAUAUUGGUCAAACAGGACAAUCUGUGAAGGAGGAGUACCCUUCUUUAAUGAGAUGGCAUCUUUUAGGGAUCAUUCUUCUGAGGAGCAUAAGUGCUGGCCCUAAAAUGUCGGUAAUUUAUUACGAUGGUAUAUCUCCUAUCCGCCACUGUAGCAGACAUUGCUCAGAAUUUAGGAGCAGUCAUCUCGAUCCUAGUAUCCUAGGUGCUCCAUGGAGGUUAAGAAUAGAAACGGAUUUUGGGCCGCCUCGAGAGUUGAAACCGAAUCGAGCUAUGACAUCGAGAGCGAGCCAGAUGGCUUUUCUAAUAGGGUCUGCUCAUUAUACCUGUAGAGCUCUAAGGGGUAAAUGUGCCAAAGAUGUUGGACUUCUCCGUCUGAGGUAGAAAUCCUAAACGAGAAUACCCAUUGUUUGGAGUCCAGUCAAGGAAGCAAUUAAACGCUUCACGGUAUAUUGACCCCUCAUUAUAGGUACCCCCGUACCCAAGGCCCGCCCGAAUUGUUGGUGGAGUG